GGUGCAAAUAACCCCCCCCAAAAAUAUUAAAUAUUAAAAAAUACGCUUUCAUUAAAAUCCCAAGAUAUUGAAAUUUGUAAGUUUCUUUGCUUUUCAUUUUGUCAGGGCUGGAUACUUGGUAUCUUUUCAUAGAUUCUCAGGAUGGACUGCAGGUGUUCAUCAGCGAGGCGACUCCUAUGAAUAAUAUUUUUCAGAGAGAAUUUGUGCUCUUAAGAGCACUCAGUUUGCGCUCGGUAAAUGUCUUCGGACUACAUGACCCAGAAGGCUUUGCGCGAGAGAGCGGAAAAGAGAGGAUGCGUGUUGUAGUUGGAUGACGAAUGUGUUAGAGUUCUGCUAAAAGGCUAAAAAUUGUAUUUCUGUUGGAUCCGCAUCGUUGCGGCAUUUGCAUCUUUGCACACUCACGACUGCACAUGAUCCAUACGUCCAUCCAUUUACAAUAUUGCUUAUCCAUACAAGGGUCACCUGUUCUUUCCUUAUCGCAGCUGACUUUGGGCGAGAUAUGGGGGACACCCCGGAGCGGAUACCAGUGACUGAUAUGUGUAAAUUGAGUUAUAUUUCGAUAUAACCUUGUGAGGAUAAGCAACCUGGAAGAUGGAUGGGUAGAUAUUUUUCAAGUCAUGGUACCACCUUAUUUUUUGUUUUUGUAGAGUAGAUUUUUUUUUUUUUUGUCAAGAAUGCAAUUUGUCACUAAGCGUUACCUUUGUUAUUGUUACUAUGACACUUCUUGAAAAAAUGUACGGUCCAACCGUCAUACGUUUGGCCAAUGAGUGACGGAACUGGACUGAACAACAUUAGUUACAAAUAAAUAACAGCGUGGUGAGCAGCAUUUACGAAGAUAUUUGUUAAAUUGUAUUUAUAUUAGCAGCGGCGCCAUUGACAGAGUGACGUAAUAGUGCAGCUUGACCCGGAAGUGACGCACUCAGGCCCGUCAGCCUGUGUUGAUGUUUUGUGCACGAGCUAUCGCCCGGGAAGACGGAGACGUCUUCUUUCUUUUUUUAUUGUUUGGAAACGGGGUUCCGUCGAAACGUCGAUGGGAAUCGUCCUGUUGUCGACGGGGAACAUUUGCCUGGUGAUUCGCUGUUAGCCAGCCAGUUCGACGCCGAACACAGCCAAUCUUUUGAUCCAAAAGGCGGACUGACUCGUCGCCCUCUACCCCCCCCCAUCCCUUCCCUCACCCUUCCUCCUUUCCCUCCUCCUCCCCACCAUGACGAUCCUACCCAAAAAGAAGCCCAGCUCUGGGGUGGGGGUCGCGGAUCACGCUGAUGACAGCGACCGCCGGAGCGUCGCAGACCCUCACCAACAUCCGCACGCGGGGAGAACGGGAGCCAGGCCUCGGGCUUCUCCCCCGCCGUGGUCGUACCAGGCCGCGCCGCCCUCUGCCAGAGACGAGCGGCGCAGCAUCGAGGCGAACUCCCGGCCGCAGCAGGCCUCUCCUCCGCCUGGCGGCUCUGUGGCCUCCACGGGGCCGUGUGACGGUCGGGAAGGCGGCGUCGGCGGCGUGGUGGCGACCUCCCGCGGGGACCUGGUGGUGCAAGCCGGCGUAGUGGGCUGCGGCGGCGGAGGUAUCAGCGGCUGUUGCACCGGGCCAGGACUCAGCAAAAGGCGGCGGCAAGCGGGCACCUGCUCCGGCGCGGCGGCGGCGCUGGCCGGAGGUGGGCAGCCCGGCGUGAGCGGUCCCGGCGGCGGUGGCUCUAGCCAGGAAGCGGACGAGGGAGCCGGCGGCAACAAUAGCGAGGACGAGUACGAGAACGCCGGCCGCCUGCAGGCCGUUGACCCGGCUACCGUCGAGCAGCAGGAGCACUGGUUCGAAAAAGCGUUGCGGGACAAAAAAGGUUUUGUCAUCAAGAAGAUGAAGGAGGACGGAGCUUGUCUCUUCAGGGCUGUUGCUGACCAGGUAUAUGGGGAUCAAGAUAUGCACGAGGUGGUGAGGAAGCACUGCAUGGACUACCUGAUGAAGAAUGCCGACUACUUUUCCAACUACGUCACAGAGGACUUCACAACGUACAUCAACAGGAAGAGGAAAAACAAUUGCCAUGGCAACCACAUUGAGAUGCAGGCCAUGGCAGAAAUGUACAACAGGCCAGUGGAGGUGUACCAGUACGGCACAGAGCCAAUCAACACCUUCCAUGGCAUCCACCAAAACAAUGACGAGCCAAUCCGAGUGAGCUACCACCGCAGCAUCCACUACAACUCCGUGGUCAACCCAAACAAGGCUACCAUCGGGGUUGGCCUCGGCCUGCCCGCCUUCAAGCCCGGGUAUGCAGACCAGUCCCUGAUGAAAUCAGCCAUCAAGACGUCUGAGGAAUCAUGGAUCGAGCAGCAGAUGUUGGAGGACAAGAAGCGAGCGAGCGACUGGGAGGCGACGUGCGAAGCCAUCGAGGAGCAGGUGGCCAGGGAGUCGUACCUGCAGUGGCUCCGAGACCAGGAGAAGCAGGCCCGACAGCCCAGGAAAGCCAGCGCCACCUGCAGUUCAGCCACGGCAGCGGCCUCCAGUGGCCUGGAAGACUGGGCCGCUCGGUCGCCACGGCAACGAGAUUCAGACCCCUCUCACUCGGACCUUACCAGCGCCCCAUCGAGCAUCAUCAAGCCGCCUUCUCCCGCCGGCGCCGCCCUCGUCCUCAACAAACCGCCCUCACCUUGCGCGCCAGGUCCCAGUAAUCCGAGCCGUCAUCAUUUAGAGUACAGAGCCAUUAUGCAGGAGAUGUCACCUACAGCAUUUGGUCUGAGCGACUGGGAAGAUGACGAAAUCCUGGCGUCAGUCCUCGCCGUGUCCCAGCAGGAAUAUUUGGACAGCAUCAAACAUCAGAGCGGUGCCAUGCAGCAUAGAGAACGGGAAGCGUCACCCGACAGCAGCUGAUGGACGCACAUGCACACAUGACCUAUGAACCCCUCCUCCCCUCUCGGUCAACCACUGAAGACAAAGCCAGAAGGAAGAAAUGCAGUUAUUGUUUCUCUCAAAGUGUCAUUCAUCCUUCCCUCCCUCUUGUCUACUUCCGAGUGGCAAUUUGAGCGAGGCAGCCAGCAGUACGCUAAGCACACGUCAAGUCACAUGAUAGAGUAAAUCCAUGGGAACAAAAUACAUACUUUUUAGCUGGCAUGUUCCGCCUUAUCACGUGCGAUCAAUCAUACCCUACUACCAUAAGGCAUCUCCUGGUAAAGUUGGCACAUGACCUCGCUUUGGUUUUUGACUUUAAUUUAUUCUGUUUUGCACCAACAGUUGGGAAUACUUGUCUUUGAGGUGACAUUUCAGGAUGAAUCUAAAAUGCAUUCUAACCUUUUCAUUGAAAUUCAUUUGACCGCUUAACUUUUAAAUGCACUUGUCCAGAUGAAUGAAUGGACCAACUGAUUUCCUCGUUUCUUUCGAAACUUCCUCAUCGAAAAAACUAAGACCACGCCUAUCAAUUGAUCAGCAGUACUUCGCCAUUGCUAGCCUUCAACCAAGAAGUGGCCACGUAGCGUCACUGUCGUCGGCAGGUUUCAACUGCGACUGAAGCCAGACAAGUGGACGUCCUUGGAAAUUAAAUUUUCCCGUUCAGCUCCUUGUUAGAAAACAGCAAGUUGGGCGCAAAGUACUGAAACAUUAGGUGAAUCUGCUUUAAAAAGUUUAGAGGUCAGAUUAACUUCACCAAAAAAGUCCUCUAUUGCGUGUGAGGGUCAUCCUGAAAUUUCACUCUGAAGGCCAAUAUGCUAAACUUUUUGGGGAGUUGUGUACUGUAUAUCGAAUGGAAUUCAGAGCUCAGGCCUCUCUGCUGCUGCAUUUUUCUGAUUGGCUGUCAAUUCAACGACAAGUUUAUGUUGUCCACUGUUGCCAAAUCACAAGAGCUAGCAAGGUCACGAUAUCAUUUACAACUAGAAUUGCUAACUACCUGCUAAGCUAAUCUUAAGUACUCUUUGAAAUAAGGUUUUCUAGUGCCAUGUUAUCUGAUAGUAGUUAGCUGGAACAAAGGGAACUUUAUACCAGGUCAAAAUGUUUUCAACACAAAAUAUUUGUUACGUUCUACUUCAGUGAGCUAACAUAACGCCCCUAGCUGCAAUGUAAAAAUUGUCACUUAGUACGGCUGAACUGUAGCAGUUCUUUUUUUCAAAUGAAAGACAACGGCGCCUCCUAUGACAUGCUAAUGCCUGAAAGUCUACCCUUGUACAACAUCCCCCAAGAUGACCGGUGUGUUUAAGUUCCAUGAUUGCUUGAAAACCUAUUUUUUAAAAUGUCUUGUCUUCCUCUCACCUCCGUUAUCAUCAUCAACUGCUGCAUGUUUGGUCAUGACCAAAUACCGCCAUUGAGACAAAAUGACAAAUGAGAGACGAAAAACAGAAUUGUCACACUUAUCCUUUGUUUAAUUAUUGUUAUUAAUAAUAAUAUAAGUUUGUUUUUAUUUUAUCCUUUGGGAUGAAAAGUUUUUUUUUUUCUUGGAAUAAAAAGGAAAAAUGUUUCAGACAGAAUGAGCUACCCCGACUGUUGAAAGCUGCAUGAUAACAUCAACAAGACGGCCUCCUGAAUGGCACAACUUUUUCAAGAGCUCCUCUUGUCUGAGUCUGUAUGUGUUGGGAAUCACUUUUGGAAGUGAUUGUAGUGCCUGUCUAGUGUUAAUUCAUUUUUGUUGUAUGUUGAAGACAUGUUUCACAUCAAAAAAUGCCUAUGAGACAAGCGUCAGUAUUCCGUCUUUUAUUUUAUAGUCAUUACAUUUAGAUGUGUUAAACAACUCGGGAUGGAGCCCCUUUUGUUUGUUCCCACCCACUUUUCAACUUAGCAAAAUUAUUUGAAAAAGUGACUUUCUAGUUGUUCAGAUGUGUCAUAUUUUAGAUUGUUUCAAAACUAGAUGGUGGUUGUUUUUUGCUUUGGGUUUCACCUGUGAGAACUGCAUUUGGUGUUUAGGUAACAAGAAGAAACGCAAACCAUGUUGAAGUUGAGAGAAAAAGCAUCUGAGCUAUUGCAUAAACAUUGGGAAAAGCCAGUACAACAUUCUGGAAUGUCUUGAAAAAGAAACAAACCACAAGUGUACUGAGCGAUGGACACUGAACAUGUCAGUGAAGGGUAUCAACAGCAGUUGAUGACAGAGACGUUAGAGCUGUGAAGCAAUGCCCAAAUACAACCAUCAAUGACAUCACUGCCAACGUCUGCAGGAAAGAAACGAUACACCGUUGGAAGAAGAUUUUGAUAAGAAAUAUACAAGCCAUACAAGAAGAUGCAAACCACAUAAUUGGAAGGAUGAGCCAAAAAGGUUUUAUGGACUGAUGAGACUAAGAUUAACCUCUGUUUUACCAAAGAUGUGGUUGUGAUCCAAAGCACACAAACUCAUCUGUGAAGCAUGGUGGAGGUAAUAAUCAUGGCUUGGGCUUGCACGGCUGCUUCUGGAAUGAGCUCACUAAUCUUUAAAGAUGAUACAACUCAUGAUGGUAGUAGCAAUGUUUUGUCUGGCAAUCUAGAAAAAUGCAUCCAAACUAAUUGGGAGAAGCUUCAUUAUGCACCAAGACAACGACACACUGCCAACACAUUGGGACUUUAUCAGGGAAGGGUAGCGGAAGGUCUCAUCGACUAACCAAGUCAAUCAAUGGACCUUAGCAUAAUAGAGUAUGCGUUUCAUUCCCCCACCCCAAAACAGCAACUGAAGAGGUGGAAGUAAAGGCCCGGAAAAGCAUUUCAAAUGAAGAAUGCCACAGUCUGGUGUCAGUGGGAUUUUGCCUCAAAGCAGUUACUGCAAUCGUCAUGCCACUAAAUAUUAAAUGUUAGUCACUUUAAUGUAAUAUCUGUUCCAACACUUUUGCUCACUUUGAAACUGAGUAGCUUCAAACAAAAGGUGCUCUGUCCUGUUGUUUAACAAAUUAAGAUGUAAAAAAGGCUGGAAUUCUGAACUUUUGAAUCAUUAAUUUUCUUUAUCUGAAAGCCAAACGUCGUCAGCAUACAACAACAAAAACGAAUUGAUCUUGACGUUCUAAUACUUUUGGAGGGAACUGUAUAAACUAGUUAACGAUAUACUGUAGUGCCUUCUACCUCAGUAGUGCGUUGGCAAUUUGUAGUGUCGAAUGUGUAGUAUGCGUUAUCACCAAAAUAAUAAAUGUCCCUCAACGCAUGAUAAAAAGUCAUGCACUCAUGGCUUUAUCACAGUUUACUUUUUUUGGGGGGGGUUCAGUGCAUUUGCAGUUUUUUACUGUACAAAGCCAAAUUCCAGUGAACUUGGGACAUUGUGUAAAACGAAAAUAAAAAAGAAUACAAUGA